AUGGCAACGUUAACAUCACUAAAUCCUCUCCUUUUAUUUUUUGUAACAAUAACAUCAACUCUAUUACCUGUAGAAUCAGGCAACACGAACCAUGUCUACUCACCCUGUGCAGACACCACUGUACAGGUAUCCGAUGGCUUCACUUUUUCUAUUGCUUUUUCGUCGAGGACAGCUUUCUUCUUCAACAGUAGCCUACAGUUGUCUCCCUGUGACCGCAGACUUGCGCUAACUAACCAAAAUUCUCAGAUCUCAGUUUUUAGACCUGAAGUCGAUGAGAUCUCUCUCCUCACCAUCAAUACCUCAUCCUUUUCUCCGGACAAUUACGGUGGGUAUAUGGUUGCAUUUGCCGGUCGAAAAUAUGCUGCAAGGUCUCUCCCUGCUUUUGUUGCGAACAAUACAUACACGGUGACUAGCUUUACUCUGGUGCUUGAGUUUAAGAAGGGAAGGCUACAGAACUUGUAUUGGAAAAGGGAUGGCUGCACUAAAUGUUCAAAAGGCUCUAGCUUUGUCUGCCUCAACAAUCAAGACUGUGCAAUCAGAACAUCCAGUUGCAAAAACCAUGGAGGUAGUGUUGAUUGCAGCCUUGGGAUACAAUUGGCAUUUUCUGGCACAGACAAACACUUUUCUGCUCUCAACUCAUGGUAUGAAGUGGAAAACCUCCGACAGUACUCACUUUAUGGUCUUUACUCAAAUCUCAGGGAUUCUCUCACCGGUCAGUAUAACAAGAUCUUCUAA